CACGUGGCCGCUGCUUCUUGGUUUGCCCGGAAAGUGGUCGACAUUGGUGGCUGUCAAGGGGCGGGAAUGAUUCCAUGCGUUUGCUUUGGCUCAGCCGGUUGGGUUUUGACCGGGGAGAUCGAGAUCGGCCCACCAACCUGCUUCGCCCAGUUUAUAAUGUCGGCAGUUGGUGCUCCAACAGCCUUCGUGGCGCCCUUGGGCGCCAGCCCUGUACGCCAGCACAUUCCAGUGGCUGCCACGCAGGUGAAGCCAACGCCGGCAGGCUCCUCCGCUGCUCCACUCCUCGCAUGCGGGGUGGCAAUGGCAGCUGGCAUGAAGAGGCAAGGCCGCCGCCAUGACAAGAGGAUCCAGUGCUGCGCGGUGGCUGAGAAGGAGAAGACCACCACCGUGAACGAGAGGCCUGUGUUCCCCUUCUCCGCCAUUGUGGGUCAGGCAGAAAUGAAGCUGUCUUUGAUCCUGAACGUGAUCGAUCCAAAGAUCGGCGGCGUGAUGAUCAUGGGGGACCGCGGCACUGGCAAGACCACCACGAUCCGAGCCUUGGUGGACCUGCUGCCGGAGAUCGCAUGCGUGGCCGAUGACCCCUACAACUCCUCCCCGGAAGAGGAGGAGGUCAUGUCGCAGGAGGUCCGAGACCGCAAGGCCGCCGGGAAGGAGCUGCCCCUCAACUACAAGAAGGUGCCGAUGAUUGACCUUCCCCUGGGAGCGACAGAGGAUCGCGUGUGCGGCACCAUCGACAUUGAGAAGGCCCUGACUCAGGGCAAGAAGGCCUUUGAGCCGGGCUUGCUGGCGAAGGCCAACCGCGGCAUCCUCUACGUGGACGAGGUCAAUCUGUUGGACGACCACCUGGUGGACGUGCUCCUGGAUUCUGCCGCCGGCGGCUGGAACACUGUGGAGCGAGAGGGCAUCAGUAUCCGCCACCCUGCCAAGUUCAUCCUGGUGGGUAGCGGAAACCCUGAGGAGGGCGAGCUGCGGCCCCAGCUGCUGGACCGCUUCGGGAUGCAUGCGCUCAUCCGCACGGAGCGGGACCCGGAGCUCCGUGUGAAGAUCGUGGAGAGCACCCGAGACUUCGCCGACGACCCCGUGGGCUUCAGGGAGAAGUUCCUGGCCGACAACCAGGAGUUUGCCUCACAGAUCCUGGAGGCGCAGGGCCGACUCAAGGAGGUGAAGACGUCCCCGGAGAUUGCGCGGCAGAUCUCCCAGGUUUGCAGUGAGCUCAACAUCGACGGACUGCGCGGCGAUAUCGUCACGAACAGGGCCGCGCGCGCCUACUGCGCCUUCGAUGGCCGCAAAGAGGUGACGGACGACGAUGUGGGAAAGGUCAUCACCCUGUGCUUGCGCCACAGACUCCGAAAGGAUAUCUUGGACACCAUGGACAGCGGAGACAAGGUUGAGAAGGUCUUCCGUGCGAUCUUUGAGACUUAGAACGGCGCCGUUGAGAGCGCGUUGCGCGCGCGAUCACGCUGAGCUCGACUGUUUUGAUGUGAAGCCCCCAACUUCGGACCACUUUUUUUCGAAAGGUUGCUGAGCGCAGGCUCCAAAAAAGGCGAAACGUUUCUUGUUGCAACGCAAAAUCAUGAAUG